AUGAACGGAGUAAACAAACUUUCUCUAAAUGAUGUUGGAGAGGCGAGAGGUACAGUGUUGUCUGUUAAGUUGGAUGAACUGAUCGACAGUGUGGAAGGACAGACGGUUAUCGACCCGAAGGGGUACCUAACUAAUUUAAAUGCAAAAAGUUUAGUGAACGACGCAGAUAUAGCCGAUAUUAACAAAGCGAGGUCGUUACUCAAAUCAGUGAUCAGUACCAACCCGAAACAUGGCCCAGGAUGGAUUGCAGCUGCUAGAGUAGAAGAGUUAGCACAAAGGAAAGACAAAGCGAAAGAAAUUAUCACAAAGGGAUGCAUAGAGUGUUCGAAAAAUGAAGAUAUUUGGUUGGAGGCAGUACGGUUGGAAGAUAAACUAAGUGAAGUUAAAGUUAUUUUGACGAAAGCUAUUAAGGAAAUACCCACAUCCGUUAAGCUAUGGUUGGAAGCGUAUAGGAAGGAAAGUAACAUAGAUGAUAAGAGAAAGGUAUUGAGGAAAGCCAUCGAGUGUAUUCCCAAUUCAGUUCGUCUUUGGAAGGAAGCCAUAUCUUUGGAGAGUGAAAAGAAUGCAUAUAUAUUACUAAAGAGAGCAGUGGAAUGCAUUCCACAGUGCAUCGAGAUGUGGAUUGCCUUGGCUAGAUUAUGUCCCUAUAGUGAAGCACAAAAGGUUUUAAAUGAAGCUAGGAAAAAAAUACCAACUAGUGCAGAAAUAUGGAUUAAUGCAUCUAAAUUAGAAGAGAAACAAGGUAAUAACAAAAUGGUAGAUAUUAUUAUCAAAAGGUGUAUUGAAAAUUUGUCCUCUAAAAAUGUCGUUUUUGAAAGAGAUAAAUGGUUAAAAUUCGCAGAGGAGAGUGAGAAGUCUGAGUUUCCUUUAACGUGUGAGAGUAUCAUCAGGAAUACCAUGAAUAUAGGAGUGGAAAGUCUGAAUAAAAAACGAAUAUACAAACAGGAUGCAGAAAAUUGUAUUAAGAACAAAUCUAUUCAUACCGCUAGAGCGAUUUAUAAUGAAGCACUGAAAAUUUUCAAAACGAAGAAGUCCUUAUGGUUAGCUUUGGCCAAUCUUGAACUAGCGUAUGGGAACAAACAAAGUGUUGAAGAAGUGCUACAGAGAGCUGUGAAGAACUGCCCACACUCCAGUGUUCUAUGGUUAAUGUUCGCAAAGCAAAAGUGGCUAAAUAACGAAAUCGAUAAAGCUAGGGAAAUACUUGCAGAAUCAUUUAUGCAUAAUCAAAAUACUGAAGUGAUUUCUUUGGCGGCUAUAAAACUGGAGAGAGAAAAUAAUGAAUUCGAUAGGGCGAGAUUUUUACUAAAGAAAUCUAGGGUUCAAUGUAACACUCCAAAAAUAUGGAUGCAGUCUAUCCAGCUGGAAAGACUACUCAGGAAUUACAAGGAUGCUAAGGGACUGGCACAGGAAGCGCUACAAAUGCAUAAGAGAUUCGAUAAACUGUACAUGAUUGCUGGGCAGAUAGAACUAGAAAUGAUGCGAGCUGAGGUGGACUGCCUUGGGGGGGGAGAAGUAACAGGAGGAGCCAUCCUCGAGAACGGAGUUGACACGGCGAGUUGUGCCCCCACCAUUUUUAGCAGCAACCACAGCCGCAGUGGGAGCAACGCUAGAAGCGUUCCAAAUGGAGCGCCCGACAAGGACCACCCACAGGAGGGGGAGAAGCAGAAACAGAUGCAAAAACAGCUGCAGAAGCAGGAACAACCGCACAGUGGUAACGCGUGCAACCCGAGUGACCACUACACCAAUGCGCAGAAAAUAUACGACGAGGGAUUGAAGAACUGCCCCGCCUCCAUUAACCUAUGGCUAUGUGCCAUAGACCUCCAAAUAGAGAAAAAAAAUUACACCUCAGCUAGGGCGCUAGUAGAAAAGGCAAAAAUAAAAAUCAAAAAUAUCCACGCGGCGAACAGUAACAACCACGUUUUAAAGAAUAAAGAAAUUAUUGAGAGUAACGAGUUUGCCUUUGAAGAUGAGCUGAACAGGAAUGGCGAUGAGGACACAAAGAGUGGAACCAAUGGAAAUAACUUAGCCAAUUCAAAGAAUGAUUUGAGUAAAAAUGCUGCCAUUAAUGCAUCUAUCAGGGUCAUCGAGAAUUACGACCUACUGUGGAUUAAACUGAUAGAAAUCGAGUCUCACUGUAAUAGCAAUAAUGUCACUCCUGUCAUUUCGGAGGCACUGAAAGAAUGCCCAUCUUCCGGUAUCCUGUGGUCUAAGGCUAUCGAAUUUGAAAAUAAAAAUCUGCAAAAUAGCAAAUCUGUGACUGCUUUUAACAAUUGUGGGAAUAACGCCUACGUCAUUUUAACCGUGGCGAAACUAUUUUGGCAGCACUUCAAAACGCAGAAGGCGAGGAAAUGGUUUUACCGUGUCAUCAGCCUCAACCCACACUUCGGCGACGGAUGGGCCACCUUCCUCGCCUUCGAAAUCGACCAGCAGAACGAGGUCAACCAGAAGGACAUAAUCAACAAGUGCAUCAAGGCGGAGCCCAACCGAGGCUACAUGUGGAACAAAAUCACCAAGCGAGUAGAAAACUGGAGGCUCAAGUACCCGCAGAAGCUCUACAAGUACAUCAAGGAACUCUUCCCGGAAGUCUUAAAGAAAAAAAUUCCGGAGCAAAUAUGGAAAAUCAUGAGCGACGAGAACGUGGGCCUCCCGGUUUCGCCGUCCACCCCCAAGGUAGAAACGGUAGAGGUGGUAGAAGGGUUAGAAACGGUAGAAGCGACGGGCGAAGCCAAAGUUGGAGAAACAAACCAGACGGACCACACGGCGGAAGACAAAACGGACUCCGCCCAAAAGGGGAAAGCCAAGGGCACAGAAAAAAAAACAAAUAAACGUAAAGGCACGAAUGAAGAGAACGAAGAACCUGAAAAGGCGAACCGACGGAAGAAAAAAAAAUGA